CAAUAUAUUGUUGAUAGCCUCGCCAUAUAACAGCAGUGAUGGCACCGAUAAAAGCAUAUUAUUUCAAAUAUUUGCAAAUCUUUCUACUAAUGAUCGCUAUUUUGCAAUGGGUUUGUCAAGUGAUAGCAUAAUGGGUUCCGAUUCGGUUACUCAGAUAAUUGUGCCGUCAAAUGACAAACCACCGUAUCUGACAAAUAGCUGGAAUAAUGGCAGAAGUAAUCAACACAUUGGAUCAGUUGAUGGCAUCAAACAAGUGGAUAAAGUUAUAUCAAGUGAUGGUAUUAUAAGUGCCAAAUGGAUCCGAAAUUCUGUUACUAAAGUCAAUGAUAUUGUGUUUGAUAUAAUUAAAAACAAUUAUUACAUAAUAUUAGCCGCGGGACUGAUCGAUGAUAAUGACAAACUCAAAUAUCAUUUAAAAAAACAUGUCAAUUCUGAUACUGCAGUGGAUCUAAAGUUUGGUUCAGUGACAACACCAUCACCUGAGCCAACUCAAGCACCCCUUCCAUCACUAGUCGAGGCGUACAAGAAAUGCUCAGAAGGACUGAGACUUUGUUUUGGCUAUAGUUCUGACCAAAAGUCUGGUUGUUUAGAAUCCAAGAAUUGUGUGGCUCUUAUCACUAGUCAUUCAAUCUCUUCAACCAAUGGGACCGUCGAGUUUGACAUAUAUUACAAUAAACAAUCUACUGGUGCGGGUGGGUAUGUGGCCAUUGGUCUGUCUACAGACGCAUCUAUGGGCGACGAUGCCGUUACUCUGUGUAUAUCCGGACAUAAUGGCAAACAACUAUUAAAACAGGGCUGGAAUGUAGACAAUCCUAAACAUACUGAACUAGUAGACGAUGACCCGGGCCUUACAUUUUUGUACUCAUCUGAUUCAGAAGGACUACUGACUUGUCGUUGGAGAAGAACUGCUGUAUUCUCUGUUAAGGGACAUGAGUUUGAUAUCAAAAAUAAAUCUUAUUUUUUAUUACUGGCAAACGGCAACACUAAUAAUGACGACACAAUACAAGCCCACCGACUGAGACUUCCCUCAGCACAAGCAGUUAAUCUACAGACUAUCGGUAUAUUAACGGCGGCACCAAUUCAUAUACUAAUCAGACUUCAUGGUCUAUUUAUGAUAAUCGGAUGGAUCUGUUGUGUUAGUAUAGCUAUACUGAUGGCUCGUCAUUAUAAGAGCUCAUGGCCUGACUCUACACUCUGUGGCGUUAAGAUAUGGUUUGCUUUUCAUCGGGCACUUAUGAUAACAGGUGUUAUUGCAAUAAUCAUUUCAACGAUUUUGAUAUUUGUAAAAGUCAAGGGUUGGAGCGGUUUUCAAUCACAUCCAAUAGUUGGUUUAACAUCAAUUAUAUUAGCAAUUUUACAACCAAUCGGUUCAUUAUUCCGACCGCCACCCGACUCGUCUAAGCGAUGGAUAUUUAAUUACUUUCACCGGUCAGGUGGUUAUAUCGGACACAUACUGGCGGUUACAGCACUUUGUUUGACAGUUAAAUUUGAAGGUUUACUACCAAAACAAUUUUUGUGGGUUGUUAUCGGUUUUACAGUAUUUUAUAUUUUUGCACAUAUUUUACAUCAUUUGAAAACAUUUUUUCAAACAAAUUUUCAUUUGUCAAAAUCAAAGUGUGAAGAUUAA